UAGUGAAACCUUGAACCGUGUGUUUAUAAUUUAUAUUUUAUACCAAAAUGCGAUUUGCUUAAAUUGGUUCUUUAGCUUUUUUAUUUAAGGACAACCUCAAAUACUAAAAUCUGUAAUUUUUAACACGAUUUCUCUUUAUUUCUAAUUGGUUGAUGUUAUUUGAUAAGUUUUGAGAAAUGCCGUACGCUAAUCAACCUUCUGUCCAUAUUACUGAGCUUACUGAUGAUAACGUAAAGUUUGUUGUUGAAGAUACAGAACUAAGUGUAGCAAAUAGUAUGCGACGUGUAUUUAUCGCGGAAACUCCAACGAUGGCUAUAGACUGGGUGCAAUUGGAAGCUAACUCCACGGUCUUGAGUGACGAAUUUCUUGCUCAUCGCAUCGGUCUCAUCCCUCUUAUAUCCGAUGAUGUCGUUGAUAAAAUAAGAUAUUCCAGAGAUUGCAUGUGUGCAGAUUUUUGUUCAGAUUGUAGUGUAGAGUUUACUUUAGAUGUAAAGUGCACGGAUGAGCAGACAAGGCAUGUCACUACAGCAGAUCUCAAGUCAAGUGAUCCCAGGGUAGUGCCCGUAACAUCUCGCCAUAGGGAUGAGGAUCAAGCAGAUUAUGGUGAGAUGGAUGAGAUUCUUAUCAUUAAAUUAAGAAAAGGGCAGGAACUAAAAUUGCGAGCAUAUGCAAAAAAAGGUUUUGGGAAAGAACAUGCGAAAUGGAACCCAACAGCAGGUGUAUCAUUUGAAUAUGAUCCUGAUAAUUCAAUGAGGCAUACCUUAUUCCCAAAACCAGAUGAAUGGCCUAAAAGUGAGCAUACAGAAUUAGAUGAAGACCAAUAUGAAGCGGAGUUUAAUUGGGAAGCUAAGCCAAAUAAAUUCUUUUAUAAUGUUGAAUCAGCAGGAGCCCUUAAACCCGAAAAUAUUGUUUUAAUGGGUAUAGUUGUGUUGAAAAAUAAACUAUUGAAUUUACAAGUACAAUUGUCUCAAGAGGCUCAAAAUGAUGCUUUAGCUAUUAAUUGAAUGAAUGAUUAUGAAACUUCUGAGAAAUAUACUAUUACAAUAAU